AUGGCUUCUUCCACUCUUUCUCAUGUAAUUCCUUCUCAGCUAUGCUCAAGCAAAAGUGGCGUUUCAUCGGUUUCACAAGCGUUGCUUGUGAAGCCGAUGAAGAUUAAUGGUCAUGGAAUGGGAAAGGAUAAGAGGAUGAAAGUGAAAUGUAUGGCAGCUAGCAUUCCAGCAGAUGAUAGAGUGCCUGAUAUGGAAAAAAGGAAUCUCAUGAAUUUGCUUUUAUUGGGUGCACUUGCUUUACCAACUGGUGGAAUGCUUGUACCUUAUGCUACUUUCUUUGCACCUCCUGGAUCAGGAGGUGGUAGUAGUGGCACCAUUGCCAAAGAUGCUAAUGGCAAUGAUGUUGUUGUAACUGAAUGGCUCAAAACUCAUUCACCUGGAACUCGAACCCUCACACAAGGACUAAAGGGAGAUCCUACUUACCUUGUUGUGGAGAACGAUGGAACACUCGCGACCUAUGGUAUCAAUGCCGUGUGCACUCACCUUGGUUGUGUUGUGCCGUGGAAUACUGCUGAGAACAAGUUCAUUUGCCCUUGCCAUGGAUCUCAAUACAACAAUCAAGGAAAAGUUGUUAGAGGACCUGCUCCUUUGUCCUUGGCAUUGGCUCAUGCAGACAUUGAUGAUGGGAAGGUGGUGUUUGUUCCAUGGGUUGAAACAGACUUCAGAACUGGUGAUGCUCCAUGGUGGGCUUAG